AUGAUGCGAAUGGGUCAACAACCGAAUAACAACGGGAAAUCUUCAGCGACUGUUUCGGUCGAUCAACGUCUCUGGCCGCUCUUCAACGAUUUGCUGAUCAUUGCUGGCAACGAUCAAACAUGUUCUGGAUCUCUUUCCCAGUCUUCGGUCGAAGAUUUGACAUUCGUCGUUCGUUCUCUGUGUCGGCGAGUCGCCAAUCAACAACUCAAAGAGAAAUGUAUCUCAAUGAUUGGUGGCGCCAACGAGACCUACAUCGCGCCGUUGGCUCUCAAUUGUGGGCCGGAGAACUUUGGGAAACCGGGAGACGUCUAUCGGAGUCCAAUUCUGACACUGCAAGAGUUCAAUUGGCGUUUCAUCGUCGAGGCAAAGACGGCCAACGAGUGCGUCGCUUUCAUGGAAGUUGACCCGGUUUCUCCAAACACUGUCUGGUCGGUGACAGCUCGUUUCCAACUCAACAUCAAUAACAUCAGUUUUGAGUCUGGUGACGUCGAGUUCUCAUUUAAUUCGAAUCGUCACGCGAUCCCUUGGCGCAACACUCUUCAACACGGGCUCAUCCCAAGAGCUCCAAUGCGUUCACCGCUCAAAGUGCAAGUGUCGAAAGUUGGCGUGAGAGCCCUUCCAAUACCCGACUUUCACACUGUCACCCCAGAUGAUGCCAACACGGCUGUCUAUGUUGAGGGGAAACCAGUUCCCGUCAAUUUCCAGCUACUCGCCUACCACAGUCCCGCUCUGAGGGGCGCCUCAGUGGUCGAUGGCAAGACGCAGCUGCCAGGAGCCAUUCAACACUCUCACUUCAGAACUUUUCUCGAAAAUCUUUUCAACAACGCCCCCGUCAAUGCAUCAAAUGUGUCGACUCUUCUCGACGUUUCAUCAUCCCUUCAAUGUGUUCUUGUGCGUGAGCGUUGCGAGGCUUUUCUCAUUCAUACAACUGAGUUACCGUUCCCCGUCAAACUCGACUUGGCCACACGCUACAAGCUCGCUAUUGCACAAGGCUAUUGCUUGUCGGUGAUUCGCAACCGGAAAGAGGUCGAAGAAGCGAGAAAUGAUCCAGAGUUCGAGAAAAUGUGCGACUUGGCAAAGAUGGCUUUUGCGAUGAAGGAGAAAACAUUGAGUGGAAACUCAAACAAGCCAGUUGUGCCAAUCAUUUCAACUCCAGUUCAACAACAGCAGCAACCACCAGCCCCGACAGCCGCACAAGCAUUCAAGCCUGAGCCUAUUCUGCAGCAACAACAGAAUCAACCUGCAAGCCAAAUGGGGGACGCCAAAAUCCCAUCGCUUUUCGCGUUGAGUUCACAACAACAAGGCAAUAAUAUGGGCUCACCAAUGGCACUCAUGCCACAAGGGCAAAUGGGCGGUGGAUUUGGAGGUGGACAACGGCCAGGAAUACAGGGACAAGGUGGCCCCGGACAAGGCCAAGGUAUGAUGGGUGGUGGACAAGGCCAAGGUAUGAUGGGUGGUGGACAAGGUCAAGGUAUGAUGGGUGGUGGACCAGGCCCGAUGCAAGGAAUGAUGGGUGGGCCUGGAAUGCAAGGGAUUAUGGGCGCAGGACCCGGACAAAUGGGAAUGAUGGAUGGACCAAGACCAAUGGGAAUGAUGGAUGGACCGAGACCAAUGGGAAUGAUGGGCGGAAUGGGUGGACCGAUGAUGGGCGGACCGAAGCCGUUGAUGGGCGGACCGAUGCAGAUGGGCGGAGGGAUGCAGGGAAGGAUGGGCCCCGGUGGACCAAGGCCGGGAAUGGGCAUGAUGCGCGGUGGAAUGAAAGGAAGCCCGGCUAAAGGUGGGAAACCGCAAAAUCAGAACAAUAUGCGCGGAGUUGGUCAAGGUGGAGUCAAGAAACCGUUGAAGAAGGGCAGCGGAGGGCGAGCUGUGAAGACC